GACCCGAAUUGCGAUUUCAUUAUUCCAACUACACUACUUGAAUUACAAUCCCAAACCUCACUGUCAAAUAAAUACUCGCAUAGUAUCACACAAAAUGGCAUCUCAAGCAGCAUGUAUCUUCUGCAAGAUAAUCAAGGGAGAUAUCCCCUCUUUCAAACUCUACGAAUCGGAAAAAGUACUCGCGUUUUUGGAUAUUAAUCCGUUGUCGAGGGGUCACGCUCUCGUAAUCCCCAAACACCACGGCGAGAAAUUGGUCGACAUUCCCGAUGAUCAAUUGGAGGAGAUUUUGCCCGUAGUGAAGAAACUCGUCGUAGCAACCGGUGCGGAAAAUUACAACGUGCUGCAGAAUAACGGACGUAUUGCGCAUCAGGAGGUUGAUCAUGUACAUUUCCACAUGAUCCCCAAACCCUCCACCGAAGAAGGCAUGUCCAUCGGCUGGCCCCAACAAAGAACCGACAUGGACAAACUAAAAGCUCUCUUCGCCGAGAUCAAAGCGAAGAUGUAAACCACCCCAUAAUCUCUCUUGUAUUUAGAAGCAAGCAAGCAAAUAAGCGAAGUAGGCGUUGAGAAUCGAUAGUUUUUGAUGAGUUAUUGGAGAGUCAAAGAGCAAUGUUAGUCUCUCGGUGUUUCUCUUUAUUGAAAAGAAUCUCGGGGUGUAGGGUGCAGGGAGAUGGAUGAUGGCUUUUGUUUUUUGCUAGGUGAUUGAUGGAUCAAUGAUCAAUGAUGAAUGAUAGAUGAAUACAACGAAUAAGAUGAGACAAGACUGAGAAGAGAAAUGAUAAAAUAACAAAUCCCCCCCAAAAAAAAGCUACUUCCA